GCUUAACGGCCGUUCUCCUUUCCAUUUUGUUGGAUUCUGUUCACGGCACAACCCCAAACUCCUCGUCUCCCUUGAGAUCCACUCUUCUCUUUUUCUUUCCUCUGCAAUGUCAAACUCUGAGCCGGGCAAAAUGCAGGAUGCAAUUUUAGUGUUGUGGGAAUGCACCCAAGAAGGAGCGAAAAAUUUCAGGAAAGUGCCAAUGAUACUGCCAUUUGAACCUCAUUCAUUUUAGAAAAAAGCUGGGGUAAAAAAUGCUUGAGUCCAAAUCAAGAGAAUCCAAUGGACUUGAGGAUGUCAUGUCAGUUCGAGAAGUCCGUGCAAAUGGGCUUUGCAUGAAAACCUCGGAAGUUGAAGCAAAACUUGAUGAGGGGAACAUUUUGGAGGCUGAGUCUUCAUUGCAGGAGGGUUUAUCACUCAACUUUGAGGAAGCUAGAGCCCUUCUUGGAAGGUUGGAGUACCAAAGAGGCAAUCUGGAAGGCGCUCUUCGUGUUUUUGAUGGAAUUGACCUUCAGGCUGCUAUACAGCGGCUCCAACCUUCCCUUGCUGAAAAACCAUCUUCUUCUAGAAGGGGUCGUUCCCGCAGUGAUUCAGCGCACACACCUUCUCAGCAUGCUGCUAGCCUGGUUCUUGAAGCCAUAUACUUGAAAGCCAAGUCUCUUCAAAAGCUCAGUCGAGCAAAAGAGGCUGCUCAGGAAUGUAGAAGUGUCCUAGAUGCUGUGGAGAGGAUUUUCCAUCAUGGCAUACCUGAUGUACUGGUGGAAAAUAAGUUGCAAGAGACAGUUAAUAAAGCUGUAGAGCUCCUCCCAGAGCUUUGGAUGCAAGCCGGUUGUUAUCAGGAAGCGAUGUGUGCUUACAGAUGUGCUCUUCUUAGUCAGUGGAACCUUGACAAUGAAUGUUGUGCAAGGAUUCAGAAAGCAUUUGCCAUAUUCUUGCUGUACAGUGGUGCAGAGGCAGGGCCACCCAGUUUGGCUGUUCAGAUAGAUGGUUGUUAUGUUCCAAGAAACAAUCUUGAAGAGGCAAUUCUCCUUUUAAUGAUUAUCUUGAGGAAAUGUUACUUGGGUAAGACCAAAUGGGAUCCUUCAGUAAUGGAGCAUUUUACAUUUGCUUUGUCUCUCUGCGGCCAGACAUCUGUAUUGGCAAGGAAUAUUGAAGAACUUUUACCUGGAACAUUUCAUCGUUGUCACCGCUGGAAAGCUUUAGCUCUUUGCUACAGUGCUGUGGGACAAAACAAAGUUGCCUUGAAUUUAUUGAAGAAGUCUCUACACAAGCAUGAAAGACCAGAUGAUCUCCAGGCACUGCUAUUGGCUGCAAGAAUUUGUAGCGAGGACUCUCUUCUUGCUUCUGAGGGAGUGGAGUACGCGCAGAGGGCGAUUGUGCAUGCUCAAGGGGUGGAUGAGCAUUUAAAGGGUGUGGGUCUUCGCAUGUUGGGUCUUUGUUUGGGAAAGCAAGCUAAGAUUGCUUCCUCAGACCUUGAGAGGUAUCAGCUUCAGUCUGAAGCUUUGAAAUCAUUAGAUGGGGCAAUGGCUUUUGAACGUGAAAACCCAGAAUUAAUUUUUGAGUUGGGGCUUCAACAUGCAGAGCACCGGAACUCGAAUAAAGCCUUACGAUGUGCAAAACGGUUUAUAGAUACGACAGGUGGUUCCAUGUUAAAAGGUUGGAGAUUGCUUGCUCUGGUUUUGUCUGCCCAACAACGGUAUCCAGAGGCUGAAGUGGUUACAGAUGCCGCUUUAGAUGAGACUGCAAAGUGGGAGCAAGGACUGUUGCUCAGAUUAAAAGCAAAAUUGAAGAUCUCCCAAUCAUUGUCCAUGGAUGCAGUGGAAACUUUUCGGUUCCUUCUUGCACUGGUCCAAGCCCAAAGAAAGUCUUUUGGGCCUCUCAGGAGUAGUACCUCUCAGGUUGAGGAUGACAAGGUCAAUGAGCAUGAAGUCUGGCAAGGUCUUGCAAAUUUGUACUCCAGCCUGUCACAUUGGAGAGAUGCUGAGAUAUGUUUGGAGAAAGCUAGAGCACUGCAGAAGUAUUCUGCAGCAACACUAUACACAGAAGGCCUUAUGUAUGAAGGACGUGGGCAAAUAAACGAAGCUUUGGCUGCUUGUAAUAAUGCUAUUCUGCUUGAUGAGAGCCAUGUACCUUCGAAGGUGUUAAUUGGUGCUUUGCUACGGAAGAUGAGCCCCAAGGCAUUGCCUGUGGCACGAAGCUUCCUCUCAGAUGCAUUGAGGCUUGAACCCACCAACCGUCUGGCUUGGUAUUAUUUAGGGAUGUUACACAGGGAUGAUGGACGCUUAGCGGAUGCCUCAGACUGCUUCCAAGCAGCAUCCAUGCUCGAAGAAUCGCAUCCCCUUGAAAGCUUCAGUUCAAUACUAUGAGUUGGUAUUCUGUGGAAACUAACAGGUAUAUUUCAGUCAACUUGAAGCGUUGACCAUAUUACUUAUUAGGUAAAUUGUUGGGAUUCGGGUUCCAUUUGUGAUGCUGUAGAGGUUACAGUUUUGCUGCAAUCAAUAUUCUCUUCCCUAUCCAAACCCAGAUUAGGAGAGCACUAUAGGGUAGAUGUAAAAAAUUUAUAGAGAGCUUCAGGCUGAUUGGGGGGUAUUCCAUCUAAUGGCAGUCCCGGCCUUUGUUAGCCAGAUAUUGUAAAAAGCAUAUGGAGGAUAAAUACACUAUAUAUCAUUUUCUUUGUAAAGUAUAAUUUGAUAACUUAAUUUUUAUUU